AUGGAUCUUACAAGCCCCAGAUGUUUCCAAGCUCCAAACUUUAUCUCAUCUAGUGAACCACAAUUGGAGAGCAACACAAGCUUCUAUGGGAAAAGCAAGAGCAACCCAUUUGCAGACACCUUCCCUGACCCACUUUGCAAGCUUAAUCUCAAAGAGACAGCUGAGUUUGUCAAGUCAUUCCCACUGCCACCACCAAGCAUUAAUGGCCCAGAAAGCAAUAGGAGCAAUUAUCUUGACUCCUCAGCUCAGAAAAGAGAGGGAGUGACCUCAGUUGUCACACACAAGAAAGUUCUAGAAGCUCCUCCCACACCCGGAAGGCCUGUGUUCAGCUUCAGUGUUGGUAAUCUUUCCAGGAAGAGCUUCCCUUCAAAGUGGGAUGAUGCUGAGAAAUGGCUCAUAAACAGUUCUUGCCAUGAUUCUCCUGCUCACAACUCCACAAAGGUUAGCAAUGCCAAGCAAUGUGAUACCUUUAAGCAGCACCAAAUGGAGGUGUCAAAAGCAGUCUCAAGCUUUCAGAGGUCUGCUUCUUUGAACAAUCAUAACAGUUCUGCCAAAGCUUUCAAGGGGGGCUUAGGCUCAAUGGAUGUGCUUCCAAAAGAUAAGUUUGUAGAUGACAUAGAGCCAGUUCUGCCAAAUUUCAAGUAUUUGGAGCCAACUAGAGAAGGGUUUCUAUUCAAAAACCCAGCCUGCGAAACCAUGAAAGAUGCAGGCACAGACCAGUGUGAUCAAAUAGAACAUCGGGAUGUUGGGACAGAGAUGACUCCUCUUGGCAGUUCAACAACUUCGAGGUGCCACACACCAUUCAAGUACCCAUCACCAGCACGCCAUAACACUCCUGAAAAUAGGUCAGGCCCAUUGGCCUUGGGGCACUCUAGCAGCACCAGUAACACCAUUGACAUUACUCAGUUGCAGGAAUGCCAUUUAGCUAAGCUUCAACUUGGGACACAAUAUGAUUCAGUUGCGUCGACUUGGAACUCAAGGGAAGAGGAAGAAAUGGAAAUAUCAAAGAGCUUGAGGCAUUUUGACACAGGCAAUGUAUACGCAGGCAAUGGAUACCGAGAAGGUAUGUCUGAACCAAGAGCUGCUGCUUGGGAAGAGGAAGAAAAUAACAAAUGCUGCCUUAGGUAUCAGAGGGAAGAAGCAAAAAUUCAAGCCUGGGUCAACCUCCAAAGUGCAAAAGCAGAAGCUCAGUCAAGAAAGCUUGAGGUGAAGAUACAGAAGAUGAGAUCAAACCUGGAGGAGAAGUUGAUGAGGAAGAUGGCAGUUGUGCAUAGAAAAGCCGAGGAAUUGAGAGCAGAAGCCAGGCAACAACACACUGAGCAAAUUCACAAGGCAACCAACCAAGCACAGAAGAUGAUAAGUCGGCACAACCCUCAUUUUUCAGGCCAUAUUUCUUGCGGGUGCUUCCCUUGCAGUAACCACAACCGAUCAUGA